AUGUCCUCAGACCACACUGGAAGAAUGGCAAAGGCAAAGGCAAAAGCGAAGAGCAAGGAUAAAGUUAAAGGCAAUGAACCGGAAAAGCCAGGAGCCAUUGAUGACGAUAAGGAGUUGCAAAAAAAGCGAGAGGCAGAAACGAAGAAGGUUGAAAAGUGGAAUAUCCUUCUUGAGGUUGCAAAGUCAGACUCUAGCUUGGCAAUGCAACUGCCCACAGAGAUGUGCGCUGGAAAGUCAUUCACCAUUUAUGCCCCUGAUGGAGCAGUCCCACAUCAUGGGGGUGAAUGUUCUGCCAUCGGAAUCUUGCUUUCGCAAGCGCGGUGCAAUUCAGCUGCCUUCCAUGUUGCGAGGGCAGAAGGGAUUGAAGAGCGGGUUGCCAAAAUGAACAAAGAUUUGGGAGGAACUUGGAAGGUGCAAAAGAAAGGCAUCAGCGUUGGUUGGGGCAGCAAUGGCGGGUGCACGGCUUCGUGGACCUUGGCAAAGACUGCAGCUGGAUGGCCCUGA